AUGGCGGCCGCCAAUGCUCCGAUCCUCAUGCGAGAAGCUCUCACCUUGCCAAGCAUUGGCAUAAAUCCUCAGUUCUUCACGUUUACGCAUGUGACGAUGGAAUCUGAUAAGUAUAUAUGUGUUCGAGAAACUUCUCCGCAGAAUAGUGUGGUUAUUGUGGAUAUGAACAUGCCAAAUCAACCUUUGAGGAGACCUAUUACUGCAGAUUCUGCUCUUAUGAAUCCUAAUUCUAGAAUUCUUGCUUUGAAAGCCCAACUCCAAGGAACAACUCAAGAUCACCUACAAAUAUUUAAUAUUGAACUUAAAGCAAAGAUGAAAUCUUAUCAGAUGCCUGAGCAGGUAGUCUUUUGGAAGUGGAUUAGCCCCAAGUUGCUGGGUCUUGUGACACAGACCUCUGUAUACCAUUGGUCAAUUGAAGGUGACUCUGAACCUGUAAAGAUGUUUGAGAGAACAGCAAAUCUGGCAAACAAUCAAAUAAUUAAUUAUCGAUGUGACCCUACAGAAAAAUGGUUGGUCUUGAUUGGUAUUGCUCCUGGUUCCCCCGAGAGGCCACAAUUGGUGAAAGGAAAUAUGCAACUCUUCUCUGUGGAACAACAGCGUAGUCAAGCUCUCGAAGCACAUGCGGCAUCAUUUGCUCAAUUUAAAGUUCCUGGGAAUGAAAAUUCUUCUACUUUGAUUUCUUUUGCCACCAAGACACUUAAUGCCGGUCAAGUGAUAUCCAAGUUGCAUGUCAUUGAGCUGGGUGCACAGCCAGGGAAGCCUUCAUUUACAAAGAAACAAGCAGAUCUGUUCUUUCCCCCUGACUUUGCUGAUGAUUUUCCGGUUUCCAUGCAGAUAUCCCACAAAUACAGUUUGAUUUAUGUGAUUACCAAACUUGGUCUCCUAUUUGUCUACGAUUUGGAGACAGCUACUGCUGUAUAUAGGAACAGAAUCAGCCCCGAUCCUAUAUUUUUGACGUCAGAAGCUACAUCAGUGGGAGGCUUUUAUGCUAUUAACAGACGAGGCCAGGUGUUACUGGCUACCGUUAAUGAGCAAACAAUUGUGAAUUUUAUCAGUGGUCAAUUAAACAAUUUGGAGCUAGCAGUAAGUCUUGCCAAGAGAGGAAACCUUCCUGGUGCUGAGAAGCUGGUAGUGGAACGUUUCCAUGAACUAUUUGCUCAAACAAAAUAUAAAGAAGCAGCUGAGCUUGCUGCUCAGUCUCCGCAAGGAAUCCUUCGUACACCCGAUACAGUUGCCAAAUUUCAGAGUGUGCCUGUGCAAGCUGGGCAAACUCCACCACUGUUGCAGUAUUUUGGAACUCUUUUAACAAGAGGAAAGCUGAAUGCCUUUGAAUCGCUGGAAUUGUCACGACUUGUUGUGAAUCAGAACAAGAAAAAUCUUUUGGAGAAUUGGUUGGCAGAGGACAAGCUUGAGUGCAGUGAGGAGCUUGGAGAUCUUGUGAAGACUGUGGACAACGAUCUUGCUUUAAAAAUAUAUAUCAAAGCCAGAGCUACUCCAAAAGUCGUUGCUGCAUUUGCUGAGAAAAGGGAAUUUGACAAGAUUCUGAUAUACUCUAAGCAGGUUGGAUAUACACCUGACUAUCUCUUCCUUUUGCAAACAAUUCUCCGGACCGAUCCUCAGGGUGCUGUUAAUUUUGCAUUGAUGAUGUCUCAAAUGGAAGGUGGCAGCCCAAUUGAUUACAACACUAUAACCGAUCUGUUUCUUCAGAGAAACCUGAUCCGCGAGGCAACUGCUUUUCUCCUAGAUGUUUUGAAGCCAAAUCUACCGGAGCAUGGAUUCCUUCAAACAAAGGUGUUAGAGAUAAAUCUUGUGACUUACCCCAAUGUUGCUGAUGCAAUUUUGGCCAACGGUAUGUUUAGCCAUUACGACCGUCCUCGUAUUGCCCAACUCUGUGAAAAAGCUGGUCUUUAUGUGCGAGCUUUGCAACAUUACACUGAGUUGCCAGAUAUAAAACGUGUGAUUGUAAAUACACAUGCAAUUGAGCCACAGUCACUUGUUGAAUUUUUUGGUACUUUAUCACGAGAAUGGGCUUUAGAGUGUAUGAAAGAUCUAUUACUGGUCAAUCUUAGAGGCAACCUACAGAUAAUUGUGCAGGUUGCUAAAGAAUAUUGUGAACAACUGGGAAUUGAUGGUUGCAUAAAGAUUUUUGAGCAAUUCAGGUCAUAUGAAGGACUGUAUUUUUUCCUUGGUUCAUAUUUGAGCUCCAGUGAGGAUCCCGACAUUCACUUUAAGUACAUUGAGGCAGCAGCAAAGACUGGACAAAUCAAAGAGGUUGAGCGCGUGACUAGAGAAUCAACUUUCUAUGAUCCUGAGAAAACCAAGAACUUUCUGAUGGAAGCUAAGCUUCCAGAUGCACGACCACUGAUUAACGUUUGUGACCGAUUUGGAUUUGUUCCAGAUCUAACACACUAUCUAUACACAAGUAACAUGCUUCGCUACAUUGAGGGUUAUGUCCAAAAGGUAAACCCAGGGAAUGCUCCUUUAGUUGUUGGGCAGCUGCUGGAUGAUGAGUGCCCAGAAGAUUUUAUCAAAGGAUUAAUUCUCUCUGUUCGAUCGUUGCUGCCAGUGGAGCCCCUUGUGGCGGAGUGUGAGAAGAGGAAUCGGCUUCGUUUGCUAUCACAGUUUUUGGAACAUCUUGUAAGUGAGGGAAGCCAGGACGUGCAUGUUCAUAAUGCACUGGGUAAAAUCAUCAUUGAUAGUAACAACAACCCAGAACAUUUUCUCACUACAAACCCAUACUACGAUUCCAGAGUUGUGGGCAAAUAUUGUGAAAAGCGGGAUCCUACUUUGGCUGUUGUGGCUUAUAGGCGAGGACAAUGUGAUGAUGAACUUAUCAACGUGACAAAUAAAAAUUCCUUGUUUAAACUACAAGCAAGAUACGUUGUUGAGAGGAUGGAUGCUGACCUGUGGGAGAAAGUUCUUAUCCCUGAUAAUGCCUACCGAAGACAGCUUAUUGAUCAAGUGGUAUCUACUGCUCUUCCUGAAAGCAAGAGCCCUGAACAAGUUUCUGCAUCAGUUAAGGCUUUCAUGACUGCUGAUCUACCUCACGAGUUGAUUGAGCUUCUUGAGAAGAUUGUGCUUCAGAAUUCUGCUUUCAGCGGGAACUUUAAUCUUCAGAAUCUUCUUAUUUUGACAGCGAUAAAGGCUGAUUCAUCCAGAGUAAUGGAUUAUAUCAAUAGAUUGGAUAACUUUGAUGGUCCCCAAGUUGGAGAUAUGGCCGUUGAGGCAGAGUUAUAUGAGGAGGCUUUUGCAAUUUUCAAGAAGUUCAAUUUGAAUGUUCAAGCAGUCAAUGUCUUGCUAGAUAAUAUUCAUAGCAUUGAUAGAGCUGUGGAGUUUGCUUUCCGAGUUGAAGAAGAUGCUGUUUGGAGUGAGGUGGCCAAGGCUCAACUCAGGGAAGGUCUAGUUAGUGAUGCAAUUGAGUCAUUUAUAAGAGCUGAUGAUACCACACAAUUUUUGGAUGUCAUUCGAGCUGCUCAAGAUAGCAAUGUUUACCAGGACUUGGUGAGAUACUUGCUGAUGGUAAGGCAGAAAACUAAAGAACCCAAGGUGGACAGUGAGCUUAUUUAUGCAUAUGCAAAGAUUGAUAGGCUAAGUGACAUUGAGGAGUUCAUUCUCAUGCCAAAUGUGGCCAAUCUUCAAAAUGUUGGCGACAGAUUGUAUGAUGAAGAGCUUUAUGAGGCUGCGAAAAUUAUAUUUGCCUUUAUAUCUAACUGGGCUAAAUUAGCAGUCACACUUGUGAAGUUGAAACAGUUCCAAGGUGCCGUUGAUGCAGCAAGGAAAGCUAACAGUGCCAAAACAUGGAAGGAAGUUUGCUUUGCAUGUGUUGAUGAAGAGGAGUUCCGUUUGGCCCAGAUAUGCGGGCUGAACAUUAUCAUUCAGGUGGAUGACUUGGAAGAGGUAAGUGAAUAUUACCAAAACAGAGGUCGCUUCAAUGAAUUAAUAUCCCUCAUGGAGAGUGGCCUAGGAUUAGAACGGGCACACAUGGGAAUAUUCACCGAGUUGGGAGUUCUGUAUGCUAGAUACCGUCCGGAGAAACUUAUGGAGCAUAUCAAACUAUUUGCUACCCGCCUCAAUAUUCCUAAACUCAUAAGAGCUUGUGAUGAACAACAACAUUGGAAGGAACUGACCUAUUUGUAUAUCCAAUAUGAUGAGUUUGAUAAUGCUGCAACAACCAUCAUGAACCAUUCACCUGAAGCAUGGGAUCACAUGCAAUUUAAAGAUGUUAUUGCCAAAGUCGCUAAUGUGGAGUUGUAUUACAAGGCUGUUCACUUCUAUUUGCAAGAGCAUCCCGAUCUUAUCAAUGAUGUUCUGAAUGUCCUUGCACUUAGGGUUGACCAUGCACGUGUUGUUGACAUCAUGCGAAAGGCUGGUCACCUCCGUCUGGUCAAACCAUACAUGGUUGCAGUUCAGAGCAAUAAUGUGUCGGCUGUUAAUGAAGCCUUGAAUGAGAUAUAUGUUGAGGAGGAAGACUAUGAUAGAUUGCGUGAGUCAAUCGAUUUGCAUGAUAAUUUUGAUCAGAUAGGCCUUGCACAAAAGAUUGAGAAACACGAGCUUCUUGAAAUGAGACGUGUUGCUGCUUAUAUUUACAAGAAGGCAAAUAGGUGGAAGCAGUCCAUUGCUUUGUCAAAGAAGGAUAAUCUUUACAAAGAUGCAAUGGAAACAGCAUCGCAAUCGGGUGAACGUGAACUUGCUGAAGAGUUGCUUGUUUAUUUCAUUGAUCAGGGAAAGAAGGAAUGCUUUGCCUCGUGUCUGUUUGUUUGCUACGAUUUGAUCAGGGUAGAUGUUGCUCUUGAACUGGCUUGGAUGCACAAUAUGAUUGACUUUGCUUUCCCAUAUCUCUUACAGUUUAUCCGUGAGUACACUGGCAAGGUUGAUGAAUUGGUGAAGCACAAAAUUGAAUCGCAGAACGAAGUCAAGGCUAAAGAACAAGAAGAGAAGGAAGUAAUUUCACAACAGAAUAUGUAUGCUCAGUUAUUGCCCCUUGCUUUGCCCGCACCACCAAUGCCUGGAAUGGGAGGUGGUUUUGCCCCUCCCCCUCAAAUGGGCGGCGGAUUUGGGAUGCCUCCAAUGCCUCCUUUUGGCAUGCCCAUGGGUAGCAGCUACUGA